UUCACAGUGCAAACAUUAGCAGCACAAGAUUGCAAUAUGAGACUAUCAGUGGUGUUCUUGAUCUUGACGAUCGUGGUGUGUGCCAUGUUCCAGGAAUCCGAAUCCUUCUUGUGUAAAACAAAGACAAGGAAAUGUAAGAAGUGUUGUUGUAAAUCCCGGUGCUGUAAAACAACCACCACCAGCACCACCAGCACCACCACUACCACCACCACCACCACAGCAGCACCUGGAGGUAGAAAAAGACGCGACAUCAUGGACUCAAUUCCAUUUGAAUUCCAAAAUUUAAUCCAGAAUGGAAACUACAACAAAUUUGAAUUGGAAAAUUCAACCAGAUGGAAACUAUAAAAUGUCAAGACUUUAUUAGGAAAUUAUAUAACUACAAUUGUAUUACUCAAUAAGAUAAAUUGUCACUUAGUAUCUAAAUUGUCCACGAAUAUAAAUUAAAGAAAGAUGUAUUAUA